GUUGUUCUACUAUGUGAACGAGGCGUCGCUACUGCAGAAGCCAUCUUACUCGCUGUUUUUUUCCCUUCUUGACAACUACAACCCGUAUACUGGUCAGUUAGAGACCCUCAGCAGUGACGAGCUCUACGAGAUUGACCAGUAUCUGGAUUAUGUUUUGACCACUCCCGUUAUGGUGACACUGAUAACUUUCCUGAAGCAAAAAGGAUACACUAGUUCCGAUUCUGUGUUCCGUGAUCUUCUCGAUGAACUGUGGUUCCAGCUGUACCCGCGGUCAUCCUCAGGCCCCGUGGACAGUAGCGGCUUCGAGCACGUGAUGGUCGGGGAGUUAGAGCCCUCGUCGGUCACCGGGUUUCACAACUGGUUCCGGUUUUAUCAGCUGGAGAAAGCGGGCAGCUUAACGUACACUGGAUUCAUUUUGUCAGUGGAUACAUCGGUAGGGUACUAA